CUUGUCCACACCUAGCUCUCUCCAUCAAUCAAUGCCCACCUUUUCCCUCUUUCAGCCAUGCUUUCCAAUCUUCUACUCCUACCAAAGUCCCUCCUUUUCUGCCUCCUUUUCCCGAGCAUCUGCAGCGUCCUGGCUGAUACACCUCCAUAUCUCAACGACCAAAAAUUCGAGAACGGCGAAUAUGGUCCUUACCCUGUGCAAACUUUCCACUCAUCUAAGAUGGUGGCUCCACGCCUUAAUAUCCUAAGUACCCAUUCACGUUGCGAUGAUGGAUCAUAUACGAUGUUCAAUCCUCGGGGCUUUGCUGUGCCUGAGGAAGGUCGAGGCCCGAUGAUAUUGGAUGCUGAGGGCAACGUGGUGUGGGCGGCGACGGGAUACGAACAGACGUAUAAUUUGAUGGCGCAGGAGUACCGUGGGAAGCAGUACCUAACGUUCUGGUCUGGCAAUGAUGCUAUUGGAGGGCAUGGCAAUGGGCAAUACAUCAUGUUAGAUUCCUCAUAUAAAGAGGUUGCGCGUAUGAAAGCCGCCAAUGGCCUGGAGGCUGACCUACACGAGUUCCGCUUCACUGACGCAGGAACCGCUCUCAUCACCAUAUAUGACGUCCAAGUAGUCGAUCUCACUCCACUCGGUGGAUCCCCUAAAGGACACAUCUGGGACAGCGUGUUCCAAGAACUCGACAUUUUGACCGGCAAGCUCGUCUUCCAGUGGCGGGCAUCCGAGCACUUUUCCCCCACAGACUCAUACCACAACCUCGGAACCCAAGGCGGUAGCGGGAACCCCUGGGAUUUCUUCCACAUUAACAGCGUCGAAAAAGAUCUUCAGGGGAACUACUUAAUAUCGUCGCGGUAUACCAGCACAAUCAGCUACAUCUCUGGAGAGACGGGAGAAGUCCUCUGGAUCCUUGGCGGGCGCCGAAACAACUUCACUGACCUUUCCGACGGCAGAGCAACAGAUUUCACAUUCCAACACGAUGCCCGCUGGCACGAUAACUACACCACGAUCAGUCUCUUCAACAACGGCGCACAGGCCCCAGGGCGGAAGGAGAACGCGCAUUUUAGUCGCGCAAUGAGAGUUCGGAUCGAUACGCACGCGAUGUCUGCACGACUUGAUACACAGUAUACCAACCCCCUAGAAAUAUCUAGCUCAUCGCAGGGGAAUAUGCAAGUCCUACCUAAUGGCAACGUUUUGGUGGGAUAUGGUUACAACAGCGCAUUCACAGAGUUCGCGCCUAAUGGCGUGGUAUUGUGUGAAACGCAUUUUGGAGCCGCGAGUCGGUUUCAUACAGGAGAUGUCCAGAGCUACCGUGUGAUGAAGUUCAAUUGGACCGGGACGCCCGACACAGAUCCAGAAAUGGCAAUUGUGGAUGGCUCGGCUUAUGUGAGUUGGAAUGGGGCGACGAAGGUAUAUCAAUGGAUCCUGGAAACUGGCGAUAAACGGGCUUGGACGGGCUACCAAGACGAAAUCAGGUGGCAAGUGUCGUCAAAAAUCGACAAAAGCGGAUUCGAGACGAGGAUCAGGCUUCCUCAGGACCGCGGAUCGUACAUCCGAGUCGUUGCUGUUGACAAGGCCGGGAAGUCGCUGGGUCUUACCAAGGCAGUUAAGCUUGAGAAGGUACGUACCUUACCGACCCUGUCAUAG